CUGCCACAGCCCACAGAAACAAACCCUCAUCUCUCGCUCCCUCUUUCCCUGCCGCCAGUCCCCCUUCUACCAUGGUCUCCUCCGACCAUCUAAACCUUGUCUAUGACAUCAAGCUUUCAUCGGUUGGCCCUGGACAUGUGACAGGCUCGGAUGUGGUUCAUGAGCCAAGCAACAUGGACUUGGCCAUGAAGCUUCACUACCUGAGGGGAGUUUAUUUCUUCAGUAGCGAGGCAGUCCAAGGGUUGACCGUCUACCGCAUCAAGGAACCCAUGUUCACAUGGCUCAACCACUACUACUGGACCUGCGGCAGGUUCCGGAGAUCCAACUCCGGCCGGCCCCUGAUCAAGUGUAACGACUGCGGUGUUAGGAUCAUCGAAGCCAAGUGCGAUAAGACCAUCGAUGAAUGGCUUGAAAUGAAGGAUUCUUCUCUCACCAAGUUGCUUGUUUCCAACCACAUCGUCGGUCCUGAGUUGCCAUUUUCUCCUCUAGUAUUUCUGCAGGUGACGAGUUUCAAGUGUGGAGGAAUGUCACUGGGUCUGAGCUGGGCCCAUGUUCUUGGAGAUGCAUUCUCAGCUUCAGAUUUCAUCAACAUGUGGGGCCAAGCCAUGGCCAACCAGCUACCUCAACACCCAGUCGACUUGCCCAAAUCAUCCUUCAUGUUGGUGAAACCCGCGAACCGGUCCCAACUUGCCACUGACCCACUUUCCAUCAAACGGGUCGACCCGGUUGGAGACAACUGGAUAACUGUCAAUAACUGUAAGAUGGAGCCGUUUUCAUUCCAUAUCACUGCAACCCAGUUGACUCAGCUGCAGGCAAAGAUUUCGGGUCACAAAGCAACCCCACCUUUUGAGUGUCUCUGCACCAUCUUUUGGCAAUCCAUAGCCAGAGUUUGCAGCAGGCACGAACCUGAAAUAGUGACUGUUUGCAAAAAUGAGCGUGGUAGUCGAAGAACUGGGACUUUGAGCAACAGUGCACAGAUUAUAAGUACGGUGAAGGCUGAUUUCUCCGUAAAGGAAGCUAAGCCAAAGGACGUGGCAGCGUUGCUAGUUGAGCAUGCUGUGGACGAGAGAGGCCUGAUAGAGGCAGCAGUGGAGAGAGAUGGAGGGGUGUCCGAUUUCAUCAUAUACGGGGCAAACUUAACUUUUGUGAAUUUGGAAGAGGCCAGCUUCUAUGGCUUGGAAUUGAACGGACAAAAGCCUGUUCAUGUGAGUUAUCUGAUCGAUGGGAUUGGGGAUGAAGGCGUCGUUUUGGUGGCUCCCCCCGGCCCUAAAGAUAGUGGAAAAGAUAGCAACGAGGGAAAAAUUGUUACAGUUAUUUUGCCCGAAGAUCAAGUGAUGGAGCUGAAAUCUGAGCUGAAAAGGGAAUGGUCUAUUGCUUGAAUGGCAAAAUGAAAUGGGUGUGUGUGCUUUCUUGUGUAGUCAGUUUCUUAAAUGUGAUGCGUGUUUUGUAACAGCCUUAGGUCCAAUAAAUGGGACAUCAUAGUCCAAGCCCAUGUGCAUUAUGAAGAAGUAUUCACGCUUUGGAAAAA